UUUGCUGUUUCUGUUUUUGAUUUUUGUGAUUCCUACUUUUGAUUCCUUUUGAUCGCUAAUUUCUUGAUGAAAUGGUUUAGAAGUGGAUCUUAAAGCUCGUCUUACUAUUUGUGUACAUGCUAAAUUUAGCUAUUAUUAAUCGAUGUUCGUAAUCGGUAGUUUCGGUAGUCAAUAGUGGCUAGCAUUGCAGUAAUCAAUUUAUAACCUAUAAGCGUAAUAACAAUGUCUGAUAAACAAAAAACGCUUGUAUGCGGAGAUGUGAACGGUAAUUUUAAUGCUCUAUUUUCGCGCGUAGAAUCUAUAGUAAAGAAGUCUGGACCAUUUGAUGUGUUACUCUGCGCUGGGAACUUCUUUGGAGAGGAUAACUCUCAGCUCGACGCCUACAAACUAGGGACUAGGAAAGUUCCAGUGACCACUUAUGUGUUUGGACCUUCCAAUAGUGACCAUGUGAAAUAUUAUUGUGAAGAAGGGGGAGAAAUUGUACCAAAUGUUAUUUACAUGGGAAGAAGAGGUCUCUUUACAACUAGUUCGGAUGUAAAAAUAGCGUAUCUCACUGGACUGUCCCGCAGAGAGCUUGGGAAAGAGAUUCCGAUGUGUACGUUUGAGCCGAGCGACUGUAGUGCAGUGAGAGAUGCAUGUUUCAGGGGACAGAGCGAGUACAGGGGCGUGGACGUGCUGAUAACCACGUUAUGGCCCUUUGGGAUUGAGAAGGAUGAAAAUCAACAGAUUGAUCUAGAAAAAGAAAAUCUUUCAGAUCUCCUGGCUUGGUUAUCAAUUCAUAUAAAACCAAGGUAUCAUUUUGUGCCAUCUACUAGCAAAUACUAUGAAAGACAACCAUACAGAAAUCAGAGCAUGCAUCAAGAUUACCGAGAAUCUGCCACAAGGUUCAUAGGUUUAGCGCCUGUUGGUAACAAAAUGAAAGAGAAAUGGGUUUACGCCUGCUCUCUGCAGCCUAUCUCCAGGAUGAGAAUGACUGACCUCUUGCAAGCCACCACCGAUGAGACACCAUGUCCGUAUGACGUAGACCUACUGAAGCAACAUCAACCUGGGAAAGUUGUUAAGGUUACUGGCAAUGGACAAUUCUUCUACAACAUGGAUGCUCCAGAUGACGAUCAUGGAAAGCGAAAAAGAAAAGAUGGCAAUAACCCAGAAAGAAAGAAACGAGAAUUUGAUCCAGAUAGCUGUUGGUUCUGUCUAUCAUCUCCAACAGUUGAGAAACAUUUAGUAAUAAGUGUUGGUACGCAUUGUUACUUGGCGUUGGCUAAAGGACCGCUGACUCCUUACCACGCGUUGAUUCUACCUAUUGCUCAUCAUCAGUCUGUUACAAAGGCGCCAGAUGAAAUAGUAAAAGAAAUAAAGCAGUUCAAAGAAGCGUUAAAGAAGUUCUACGCGUCAAUGGACCUAGCGGUGGUGUUCUUCGAACGCAACUUCCGCACGUCCCACAUGCAGAUACAGUCGGUGCCGGUACCGAAAGCCUCCGUGCCGCAGAUAUUGGAGGUCUUCCAGGACGAGGCGGGCAUCAAUAGCAUCCAACUAGAAGUGCUGCCGCCUUACGCAGACAUCAGCCAGGUGGCGCUGCCGGGCUCGCCGUACUUCCACGCCGACCUGCCUACCGGAGACCAGAUCUUCGCCAGGACCAAACCGAACUUCCCCAUACAGUUUGGCAGAAAUCAGAGCAUGCAUCAAGAUUACCGAGAAUCUGCUACAAGGUUCAUAGGUUUAGCGCCCGUUGGUAACAAAAUGAAAGAGAAAUGGGUUUACGCCUGCUCUCUGCAGCCUAUCUCCCGGAUGAGAAUGACUGACCUCUUGCAAGCCACCACCGAUGAGACACCAUGUCCGUAUGAUGUAGACCUACUGAAGCAACAUCAACCUGGGAAGGUUGUGAAGGUUACUGGCAAUGGACAAUUCUUCUACAACAUGGAUGCUCCAGAUGAUGAUCAUGGAAAACGAAAAAGAAAAGAUGGCAAUAACCCAGAAAGAAAGAAGCGAGAAUUUGAUCCAGACAGCUGUUGGUUUUGUCUAUCAUCUCCAACAGUUGAGAAACAUUUAGUGAUAAGUGUUGGUACGCAUUGUUAUUUGGCGUUGGCUAAAGGACCGCUGACUCCUUACCACGCGUUGAUUCUACCUAUUGCUCAUCAUCAGUCCGUUACAAAGGCGCCAGAUGAAAUAGUAAAAGAAAUAAAGCAGUUCAAGGAAGCAUUGAAGAAGUUCUACGCGUCGAUGGACCUAGCGGUGGUGUUCUUCGAACGCAACUUCCGCACGUCCCACAUGCAGAUACAGUCGGUGCCGGUGCCGAAAGCCUCGGUGCCGCAGAUAUUGGAGGUCUUCCAGGACGAGGCGGGCAUCAAUAGCAUCCAGCUCGAGGUGCUGCCGCCUUACGCAGACAUCAGCCAGGUGGCGCUGCCGGGCUCGCCGUACUUCCACGCCGACCUGCCUACCGGAGACCAGAUCUUCGCCAGGACCAAACCGAACUUCCCUAUACAGUUUGGCAGGGAUGUACUAUCAGGCCCGCCGAUCCUGAACUGCGACGACAAAGCAGACUGGCGGCAGUGUCUCCUCAGUCGGGAAGAUGAGGAGAUCUACGUCACGAAGUUCCGCGCCAAGUUCCGCCCCUACGACUUUACAGCGGAUGACAGUGACAGCGACUGAUCGGCGCGCACGGCAGUGCUGAGCCAAGUAUGCUAUCACUUGUAUUCUUGUAUGAGUAG